CCGGUCCCCAUGUUCUCUGUGACGCCCAGCCUUGCCUCCAAUGCCAGUGCUGCUGCGGCGGCAGUUGCGUUUAACCCCUACUUGGGCCCGGUGUCACCCGGCCUGAUGCCCGCUGAGAUCGUGUCCAGCGCCCCGGUCCUGGUGACCAGUAACCCCAACGUCCCAAUGCCCUCCACUGCUGCUGCCGGCGUACAGAAACUCAUGAGGACAGACAGACUGGAGGUGAGUUGUACAAAUAAAUACACAGAAACUCUGACUCAACCUGCUGCUCUUCUCUGCACCCUAGCAGUGGAUUUAUCAAAACACAACUCUUGAUUUAUCAAAACACUACUCUUGAUUUAUCAAAACACAACUCUUGAUUUAUCAAAACACACUCGCAUGGUUUCCCAAGUCUACAGUCCCUGUUGCACAGUGCAAGGAUGGCAACUAGUAGUCAAUGAGGACUGAAUAUAUUUCACUGCUUUCACCAAAGUAGAUUUUCUGUUGUGGCUUGUGUCUCUUACAUUAUUAAAGGGUAGAGUUGAAAAGUGUUGCUUAAACAGUUGCUGCUUGUACGGUUAAAUGAUGUAUCUAAUACACAGCAGUCUGUUACACUAACUAAACCCUUGUUUCCAUAAUAUAGUCAUGAUGUAUCAAAUCAAAUCAAAUCUCAUUUUAUUGGUCACAUGCGCCGAAUACAACAGGUGUAGACAUUACAGUGAAAUGCUUACUUACAAGCCCUUAACCAACAAUGCAGUUUUAAGAAAGAAUAACAAACAAAAUCACACAAAAAAUACAAUAAAAAAUAAAUACAAAUAAAAGUAACAAAUAAUGAAAGAGCAGCAGUAAAAUAACAGUAGAGAGGCUAUAUACAAGGGGUAUCGGUACCGAGACAAUGUGAGGUGGAACAGGUUAGUCGAGGUAAUUAAGGUAAUAUGAAGUGUUAUUAAAGUGACUAUGCAUAGAUAAUAAACAGAGAUCUCAGCAGCGUAAAAGGGGGGGGGGGGGGGGGGGGGGCAAUGCAAAUAGUCUGGGUAGCCAUUUGAUUAGAUGUUCAGGAGUCUAAUGGCUUGGGGGUAGAACCUGUUUAGAAGCCUCUUGGACCUAGACUUGGCGCUCCGGUACCGCUUGCCGUGCGGGUGGCUGGAGUCUUUGACAAUUUUUAGGGCCUUCCUCUGACACCGCCUGGUAUAGAGGUCCUGGAUGGCAGGAAGCUUGGCCCCAGUGAUGUACUGGGUCGUACGCACUACCCUCUGUAGUGCCUUGUGGUCGGAGGCCCAGCAGUUGUCAAACCAGGCAGUGAUGCAACCAGUUAGGAUGCUCUCGAUGGUGCAGCUGUAGAACAUUUUGAGAAUCUGAGGACACAUGCCAAAUCUUUUCAGUCUCCUUAGGGGGAAUAGGUUUUGUCAUGCCCUCUUCACGACUGUCUUGGUGUGCUUGGACCAUGAUAGUUUGUUGGUGAUGUGGACACCAAGGAACUUGAAGCUCUCAACCUGUAACACUACAGCCCCGUCAAUGAGAAUAGGGGCGUGCUCGGUCCUCUUCUUUUUCCUGUAUUCCACAAUCAUCUCCUUUGUCUUGAUCAUGUUGAACGAGAGCUUGUUGUCCUGGCACCACACGGCCAGGACUCUGACCUCCUCCCUAUAGGCUGUCUCGUCGUUGUCUGUGAUCAGGCCUACCACUGUUGUGUCGUCGGCAAACUUAAUGAUGGUGAUGGAGUCGUGCCUGGCCAUGCAGUCUAGAGUGAACAGGGAGUACAGGAGGGGACUGAGCACGCACCCCUGAGGGGCCACCGUGUUGAGGAUCAGCGUGGCGGAUGUGUUGUUACCUACCCUUACCACCUGGGGGCGGCCGUCAGGAAGUCCAGGAUCCAGUUGCAGAGGGAGGUUUUUAGUCCCAAGGUCCUUAGCUUAGUGAUGAGCUUUGAGGGCACUACGGUGUUGAACGCUGAGAUGUAGUCAAUGAACAGCAUUCUCACAUAGGUGUUCCUUUUGUCCAGGUGUGAAAGGGCAGCAAUAGAGAUUGCAUCAUCUGUGGAUCUGUUGGGGCGGUAUGCAAAUUGGAGUGGGUCCCUCUACUGCCAUAUAUGGAGUCCUGCGUGUUAAGUUCUAGCUCUUCACCCGAACGGCUUUGACUGGAAGACGGCAGGAAGCGUGUGUGUGGAAGGCGCAUGUGAGUUGAGUCUGCGUCUGGAUCUAUGUGCUGCAUACGUGUGUGUCUGGCUUUUUGGAGAGGCGAAUGCGCAUGUCCUGUUGGUGUGGGUGGGUGGUAUGUGUGGCCGUAGAGGAUAAGAGGAGACUGUUUGUUUUUGUCUGACUCAGUAGGAGAGACAUGCAGUACUACAGUCUGUAGAGGAGAGGAUGGAAGCCUAUAGACAGACACACGUAGCAUUGCUACUAGCGUUAGCGCAAUGACACGCUAGCUGUUCCCAUAGACUUCCAGUUAUUGAGCCAACAACUGUCCAUUUAAAGACAGUUCUUGGUAGGAAUAUAUAUAAAUAUAUAAUUUAUUUUUAAAUAAA